AUGGCGACCAUGACGGAGACUAUCACGAAGAAGAAGCGUCUCGGCGCCGACAAGACGAACAAGCUGGCUCCAGAAAACGAACGAUAUAUGCGAGCCUGUGCGGACAUCAGCAAGACACUCGUCGACGAUUACGAGCAGACGCAGCAAGAUGGCGGUAAGAAACGGGACAUCAACCUCAACAGCCUGCGAGGCCAGAUCGCGAAGAAGCACUUCCUGUCUCGAUUACCACCUCUUACAGACAUCAUCGCUGCUGUGCCGGAGCAGUAUAAGAAGUACAUCCUGCCGAAGCUCAUAGCGAAACCUAUAAGAAGUGCCAGUGGAAUUGCUGUGGUGGCGGUGAUGUGCAAGCCGCAUCGAUGUCCGCAUAUUGCAUACACUGGCAACAUUUGCGUCUACUGCCCUGGAGGACCGGACAGCGACUUCGAGUACAGCACGCAGAGCUAUACUGGAUAUGAACCCACCAGCAUGCGGGCGAUCAGGGCGAGGUAUGACCCAUUUGAGCAGGCGAGAGGGAGAGUGGACCAGAUCAGGAAUCUCGGACACAGCGUGGAUAAAGUGGAAUACAUUAUUAUGGGAGGCACGUUCAUGAGCUUAAGUCCCAAGUACCGGGAAGAGUUCAUCAGCCAGCUGCACAACGCCCUGAGCGGCUACCAGACCUCUAAUGUCGAUGAGGCUGUCACAGCAGGCGAGCAGAGCACGACCAAAUGCAUUGGUAUUACUAUCGAGACCCGACCCGACUACUGCCUCCCACCUCAUCUCACGGAUAUGCUCCGCUACGGCUGCACUCGUCUCGAAAUUGGUGUCCAGUCGUUAUAUGAGGACGUCGCCCGCGACACCAACCGCGGCCACACCGUCAAAGCCGUCUGCGAGACCUUCGCCAUGGCCAAAGACGCCGGCUUCAAAGUCGUCUCGCACAUGAUGCCCGACCUGCCCAACGUUGGCCUCGAACGCGACCUCUUCCAAUUCCAAGAAUACUUCGAGAACCCAGCCUUCCGCACCGACGGCCUCAAAAUCUACCCCACCCUCGUCAUCCGCGGGACCGGCCUCUACGAGCUCUGGCGGACGGGGAGAUACAAGAACUACACGCCCAACACGCUCAUCGACCUCGUCGCGCGCAUCCUCGCGCUCAUCCCGCCGUGGACACGCAUCUACCGCGUCCAGCGCGACAUCCCCAUGCCCCUCGUCACCUCCGGUGUGGAAAACGGCAACCUCCGCGAGCUCGCUCUGGCCAGGAUGAAAGACUUCGGCACCAGCUGCCGCGACGUCCGGACACGAGAGGUGGGUAUCAACGAAGUCAAGCACAAGAUCCGCCCCUUGCAAGUCGAGCUCGUGCGUCGUGACUACGUCGCCAACGGCGGCUGGGAAACCUUCCUCGCCUACGAGGACCCAAAGCAAGAUAUCCUGAUCGCCCUGCUGCGCCUCCGGAAAUGCACGGAGAAAUACACCUACCGCCCCGAACUCAUCUCGCAACCGACGAGUCUCGUCCGCGAACUGCACGUCUACGGCUCCGCGGUGCCGAUCCACGAGCGCGUGAAGGGGAAGAGCCAGCACCAGGGUUUCGGGACGCUGUUGAUGGAGGAGGCGGAGCGGAUUGCGCGGGAGGAGCAUGGGAGUGGGAAGAUUGCGGUUAUUUCCGGGGUCGGGGUAAGGGGGUAUUAUGGACGGUUGGGGUAUUGGUUGGAUGGGCCGUAUAUGAGUAAGUGGUUGAGUUGGGAGGAUGGUGGGGAGGGGAGUGAUGAAGAUUGA